CGUGUAGUUACUUUUCCGUUUAGAUGGCUGAAAGUUAUAUGCCUCAACUUGAUGUUGCUUCUUUGAAAGAAACACUAUGUGCUCAACAACAGCUUCUACAGAAGCUUUACAAUGAGUUGGAUGAGGAAAGAGAAGCCUCUUCCAGUGCUGCUAGUGAAGCGCUAUCUAUGAUCGUGCGUCUCCAAGGAGAAAAAGCUGCUGUAAAAAUGGAAGCCGAGCAGUACAAGAGAUUGGCUGAGGAGAAAAUGUGUCAUGCCGAGGAAUCAUUAGACAUUUUUGAGGAUCUUUUUAAUCAAAAGGAGAUGGAGAUAGCUGCAUUGGAGUAUCAGGUGCAAGCUUAUAGGUAUAAGCUGUUGAGUACAGGCUGUGUAGAUCCCGGGGUCAGUGAAUUUAAAUAUCCUGAUAAUUUGUUGCAAAGAAAUGAGACUUUAGCAGGAGAAAUGAAUCUCCAAGCCCUUGGAAGGCGUAACUCUGCCCCUCAUUUUCCACUUAAAUUUCCAAAGAAGGGUGCUAUGGAAAUAGAUGAUUCAAGUUUAGAAAGAGAUUCAAAUUCGCAAAUAGUGGAGGAAUACACAGGGCAAGAGAUGAAUGAGCAGCAGUCGGAUACAGAGAAGAAGACUGAUAUUUCUAGGACUAAAAGUAUCAAUUCGUGUUGGCAGCAAAUUAGGAAAUUGGAUGAUCGAGUGAAAGAGAUUACAGGAGUUAGUUACGUGAACUUGAGGAGUGAAACGAGGUCUCCUUCACCACUUUCUCAAAGAAGCAUUAAGAUAAGCAAAUCGGAAAAUGAAAUGUACCAGCCUAAGCUCCAUGUGAGCAAAUCAGAAACUGACACGCCUUCUGGUUCCGGUUGUUCUCCAAAUGUUCUUGAUGUCUUCGAAGUGCCUCGAGCAGAAAAGGAUACUGUUGAUAUUGGAUUGCCUCCUAAACAUGAUCGCAAGAUAGUUUUGCAUAAUGAUGAAAGGCUCGAGAGACCAGAUUCUGCCCAACAAGAGGCUGUAAAAUCAUCGGUCAAAGAUGAAGCUGAAUUGCUAAAGAAGUACUUUGUAUCUGCACAGCGAGAGAAGAAGCUACGGAGAGCAAGUGAAGCUGCUUCUAUAGCCUGCCAUUUGGCAAUAUCUCGGCCUACAACCAGCAUUUCUGGCACUAAUGAGCUUCAUUUGCAUAAUCGAACAUCUGAGAUAGGUGAAGUUGGAAGAGAAGCUACAAGACAAGAAAUGGCUCAAGAAGAACUGAAGCUGUUACAUGAAAUAAAGGAUCAACUAAAUUUGAUGCACUCUGAAAUCCAAAGUUUGAAAACCGACAAACUCCCUCCAAGUGACGAACCAUCCUUACUUCCUCUAUCUGAGGCAAUGAUACACUUUUCUCUCUAAUCGAUCUAUUAAAAGUUCGAGUGCCAACAGUCAUAAGGAAAAGCCUCCGCUCUUACGUAAUCAAGAUGCUGUCAUUUGUUGAAG